UGUUCUUACGCCCGAAAGACUAAGGUCAGAGGGGCUUCGCAGGCCCAAUUGAAAGAUGACCUCAUCGGCAGGUAACGGGUUAAACUGAUGUGCCGUCAAUGACAAAGCGCGGGAAAAUGUUGUCCUGACGCUUGUAACGGUAUAAAACAACAAAAGAAUCAGCAGUAUUUUGUCGUCGCUUCGAUCUGGCGUGCUCAACAUUUCAUCUGAAUAUCGUCUCGUUCUUGCAUCAAUCUAGCGUGCUCAGAAAAAUCUUCACGUCUGCAGUUUAUCCCGUGUAUGUGAAGAAAAUGCCAGCUAAACGCAAGUCAAAUAAAGCGUCAUCGGCUAAUGAGGAACCAGAAGCAAAACAGGUCAAAGUUGAAGAAGCUGGUGCUUCGAAUGGUGGUGCAAAGACCUCCAAACCAAAGAAGGAGGAUAGUGUGGAAUCCCUGCCAGAGGGCACAGACACCAGUUUCCCAACAGCAUUCAACCCAGAUAAAGAAACAGCUGAUGGACGGAAGGCCACACUGAAAAUCACCUCCUGGAAUGUUAAUGGGCUGCGUGCCUGGAUGAAGGGGGAUGGUCUGAGCUACCUUAAGACACACAAUCCUGAUAUACUGUGUGUCCAAGAGACAAAAUGUUCCCAAGCUAAACUUCCUAAGGAAUCCGAGGUUGAGGGUUAUCAUUCCUACUGGUCAUCAGCAGACACUGAGGGCUAUGCUGGGACUGGCAUGUACACAAAAACAAAACCCAUCACUGUAACAAAUGGCAUAGGUAUCGAGAAACAUGACAAUGAGGGUCGCACUAUUACUGCUGAGUUUGACAAGUUCUUUCUGGUCACCUCGUAUGUGCCUAACUCUGGAAAAGGCCUGGUGAGGUUGGACUACAGAACUAAGGAAUGGGAUACAGACUUUCAGGAGUACCUCAAGAAAUUAGAUGCCAAGAAACCGGUGAUUUUAUGUGGCGAUCUAAAUGUUGCACAUACACCUGCAGAUCUGAAGAACCCAAAAACAAACAAAAAGACAGCUGGGUUCACAGAGGCAGAGAGGGAACAGUUUACAAAUCUACUUGGGGAAGGAUUUGUGGACUCAUUUAGAGAGUUAUACCCAAACGCCCGCGACUGUUUCUCUUUCUGGACUUAUAUGAUGAAUGCACGUGCAAAGAAUGUGGGAUGGCGACUUGAUUACUUUGUCCUCUCGGAACGCUUGAAGAGUGAUCUGUGUGACAGCAUUAUCCAACAGAGCAUCAUGGGUAGUGAUCACUGUCCAAUCAUGCUCUCCAUGGCUGUUUGAUUGAUAACCCUGUGACAUAAUAUAAAAGAGCCCAGACAUACAUGUCGAGGACCAAUCAGUCCACUGACACAACCUAUGGAAUGAUUGGUUACAUGUUAAUCCAUUCAGCCAAUGAAGCGAGUGGUUACAAAUGUUUUAUGCCAGUUGAAUGAUCUGUUAUAUAUCUGUUGGCUGAUGAACAUGUGAAGUGUUUGUUACUAAUUAGUACAACCAAUAAGGGGGAUAUAUAUGGAUGCUAUCAUCACUUGUAUAUGCCUUCCUGGCACCAGCUGCAACCUCUUCAAACAAUAAGUUAAAUACAGUUAUUCUCAAAACAAUGGCAAUACAUAUUUUGUGUUUAUAUGGAAGACUUUGCAUUGGGUGUGGAAGAACCGAAAAUUGAGUGUAAUAUGAAGAUAUUUGUAUACAUUUUAUAUUUGAUACCUGUUGAGAGUAUGUUGACUAAGCAGGUACUUCCUUCAUGUUGAUCUCAUUAAUACUUCAAUGCCAAAAUCAUGUUACUUCAUCAAAAUGUUAUGGACCAUGUGAAUUCUCUCAAUAAAUAUGCAAACUUUUUUGCAUUAAACAUAA